AUGGCGGUGUCACGGAGGCCACCGCCACCGAGCUGCCCCCCACCACCUGCACCUCCCGACGUGUCUGCUCGGGCAAAAGAGGCCCUAGCAGCAGCGGCUGCACGUCAUAAUCAUUUUUCUCUGGAGUCAAACGUGCCGCGCGCGUUUGACAGGAUGAGCCGAGAGCGUUUUGAGAAAGAAUCGGAGGAGCAGGGACGGAAAGGCAAUGAGAUGUCACAGAAGAUUGCAGAGGUUAUGGCGGCUGCUCGUCAGCGCAGAGCCUGUGAGCCACUGAGUCCGCGUGAAGAGCUGAAGCAACGAGCUGAGCAGGCCUUAAAGGCUGCAAAGUAUCGUGGCGCGUCGCCACAAACACGAAAGAGGUAUGAAGUUGAACAAGCCUUCGGGGAUCGAGCGACCAAAGCUCUCUCAGAGGCACUUGCAAGACAAUCCGGGGAUCCUGCAGCUGAACGCGUGCCUGCGGGACCUCUGCAAGGAGGAGCCCAGGCUGAAGAUGAAGGAAUAUGGGAGGCCGGAUACCACAUGCCCGAGGAUUCUGGGAUGUGGGUUGAGGAGCAUUAUGCAGAUCCUGAGUUCGGACUUUGGAUGGAGGCGAUGGAGGGUGGAUAUGGUUUGGACCCGGAGUCCGAGAUGCAUCCAGAGGAGUGCUACGACUCGGUCAGCUGGCUACAGGAUGCUUCUGCGAGCUAUGCUGGUUGGCCGAUGGAGGGAUCAUCCGAACACUGCACAGGCCCGGCCUCCAUGGGCGCCAUGAACAGUUUGAGCAGCGGUGCGAACCAUUCUCAGUGGGCAUCCAAGCGAAAUGCCGGCCAUCCGCGGACAGAGGAGUCCGAAGUGCGUGCAUGGGCAGAGACGACAACUGCUGCCUCAAGCAAUCGUUCCGUGGCUUCAGCCGCUGACUCUAACUCCGAGAACGGACAAGUUCACGAAGAUGCAGAUGAUGAUGCAGACGAGCUGCUGGCCAGCUGCUUCAGGUCUGUCACUGGGGCGACGUGA